UCUCGUCCGAGUUCUGAGCGGAUAUCACGGCGAUGUAUAAGAACGAUGGCGACGGGAGUAAUUCCCUGCCUGGCCCGAGGGCUCUCUAUUUACACAGUUAUUCGUCAGAAGAUCAAAAAUAACCAGGAAAAGCACAUAAUUAUCAGUUAUCCAUAUCAGUUAUCCAUCAUAGACAAGCGACUAUUCUCUCCUCCAUCUACAAUGACAGACGCAUUCUUCUUCGGCAGCGACGGGAACACCAUCCUAGAAGCGCUAGUCUUUGCAGACUUCACCUCCGUUCAGGCGAAGGGAGAAGGCAUCAGAACCCUUCCGCUCCCAGGCGUUCGUUGUCAAAAAUGCGCCGAAAACGGGGAGGAGGUUUGGGUUGUCCCAGGCCUAAUAUGUGGGAAAUGCGGCGCUCCCGCCCCCAGUCAGGAUCUCUCGGACUUUCCUGACCCCGACGACGAGGAAUAAUAGCUUCAGUAAUAAGGCCCAAAAGGAAGACUGUGGAAUGCCCUGGCCCACUGACUUGUGGGUUAGCCGAGUGUUAGGAGGAAGAACAUGGAUCAGAUCAAUCAGUUGU